GAAACCUAGCGACCAGUUCUGUAUGCGACGUUCCUUCCACUCUCGUUCUCCCGUGCUCCUGGUUCAAGCGAACCUGACGCGCCGCCGCCUACCCACGCAGGUCGCAGCGGCAGCCUCCACUCAUCCCGUCCUCCGGCCAUCCCCGCCUCGCCAUCCGGCCGACGACGCGCCCACCUCUUGCAGGCGGCUCCGCGACGCGCGCGGAGCGCAUCCAGCAGGCAGCAGCAGUCCGUCCCGUAGCUUCAAGCGCGGCAGGCGUUGGCGACCUCCCCGUUGGCUCUUGGCUGGAGAAGCGGAGGCGCCGGCAGCCGGAGCUACGAUUCGGCUCGCACAGCCGCACGCCGCCACCGGCGCCACGCCCUGCUCCGAGGAGGUUUUCUUGAUGGGGAAAAAGCUCGACUACAUGUUCAGAAUGCUGGGAGCUCAGAGUGCACCAUCGACAAUAUAUGAAGGAGCUGCUCAGUUGUCUGAUGGCUUGCUGGAGGCCGUCAACUUGGUGUCUAUCUGUUGCCUCAUAUCCAAGAAGGAUAGGAAGGCAAGGCAAGCAGAUACUGAACUCAACACAUCAACACCGAGAACGGCUGAGCAGAGAUGCUUCCUUCGACGGCUCAGCCUGCUGCGGCGGCGGCCUUGACGCAGCCGCAGCUGAGGCAGAUGAGGGCGCAGUGCAUCGUCUUCCUUGCCUUCAAGAACCAGAUGGAGCCCAGGAAGCGGCACCUCGACAUCGCGCUCGGUGAGGAUGACAUCGACGGGGCCGGCUGCCACGGCGAGACGACGACGAGCUCGCCUUCUCAAGCCUCGUCGUCCUAUGCUGCACCGUUGCCGCUGCCCCACCUCCUGCCCAUCUCCUCGCUGCGGCUGUCUCCGCCGGUGACGGAGCAGGAGCAGGAGAAUCGCCACCGCAACGACGACCCUGAAGCAAAGCACGAGUAGUUGAUUGAUGGUUGUAUUCUCUUCUCGCCCCUGCUGAGCCAUCGACCAAAAAUGAAUGAGUUUCCGUUCGGAUACAAAGUGUUGUUCUCAUACAUACAUACAUAUAACAACUUCGAUUAGCUUUCUCAUACA